AUGGGUAAUGGUAGCGUAACUGGUAAAAAUAAAGAACAACAACAAGAGCAACAACAGCAAAAAAAAAUAGUCCGUUCAAAAAGUACUCAAUUGGGAGAUUUAUUUAAUAGAAGAAAAUCUGCAGCUAGUUUAGUUUUCUAUGCAUGUACAGAUAAAGCUCAAGUAAUUACAGAAAUACUUGAAGAACGUGGUUGGUCUCGAACAAAAGAUACUGAUGUAACUAAUUUUACUAUAAAAUGGUGUCUUGAACAUCAAGUUAAUUGGAAUAAAUUUCAAGAAGGAAAACAAUUAAUUAAUAAUAUACCUGGUCAAAUAACAUUUGCUGAUAAAGUUAAUUUAUGGUAUACAAUACGAGAUUUUCUUGAGAGUAGAAAAACUAUAACUGGAAAUAUUGUUCAAACAUUUCUUCCUAUGACAUUUAUUCUUGAUGAUGAAAAUGAUUUGAAUGAAUUCUUACGUAUUUAUAAAAAACAAAAUAGAAUCUGGAUAUGUAAACCACGUUAUAGUUAUGCUGGUCAAGGAAUUCAUGUUUUCUCUGGAAAUUCUAAUAUGGAAUCAAUAUUGAAAGUACAAUCGAAUGCUGGUAAACGUACACAACAUCAACCAAAAUCACCCGGAUACUUAACACAAGAAUACAUUUCUCGACCAUUGCUUAUUAAAGGUCGUAAAUUUGAUAUGCGUGUACAUUGGCUUGUGGCUUGGACAAAACCUUUAACUGUAUUUUAUAAUCAUAAUGCAUCAGUUGUGCGUUUAUCACUGAAUCUUUAUCGAGAAUUCGAUUUCGAUCGUGCAACACAUCUAACUAAUUUAUCAGUACAAGAACAUCAUUAUCGUUAUGCAAGUUCACAAGAAGAAACUGGGAUGACUAUGCAACAAUUAAAUGCAUAUUUCAAUAAAUGUUUUCGACCAUUUCAUCCGCAAUUAUGUGAAGAUUGGGUUAUGACUGUUAUGCAGGAGCGUAUGCAUACAAUUAUAAGACAAGUUGUACGUGCAAGUAAACAUAAAUUAGAACGUAUAGCAGGUCAUUUUGGUUUAUUUGGUUGUGAUUUUUUACUUGAUGAAAGUUUUCGUUUAUGGCUUUUGGAAGUUAAUGAUAAUCCUGGUGUUGGUUGGGGCAAUACACAAGUAAAUACAACAACAAAACCUUUAUUCGAAGAAACACUCAACAUUGUAUUUGAAUGUUUUGAUAAUUACAAAAAUAAACGUCCAGUAUUACCAGUUGAAUGUUUAAAAAAUUAUAAACUUAUUUAUAAUGAAAAUGAUGAUGCCGCAAGUAUUCUUAAUGAUGAUAUUCAAGUAUUUAAUGAACGUGCAACUGUACGUCCUACAAUAAAAGAUUUACGACCACGUACACCUUUGACUAAAACGCUACCUCAAAUAAAUGCUAAUCGAUCAUCGACAGCAGCAACAUCAACAGAUCUCAUAGUUAAUAGUGAAAAUACUCCUCCAUCAACUAUUGAACCAAUUUUAAGUAGAAGUAUCGAUUGGACGGCAAUAAGAAGAGAAAUGAUAAGAAGAGAGGCAAUGAAACCUGAAAGUGCUCAAGAACGUUUAAUGAAACUAAGAGCUGUAAGAAAAAAAUAUACAUUUCAAUCACAAAUUCGUUCAAGAGAUAAACUAAAUCAAUUAACUUUUAAACGAUCACCUACAUCAAUCAAUACAUACAGAAGUAUGCAACAAAAACGAAGUAUUGAUUUAAAACCAAUUGUUACAGAUAAAAAACGUAGUAAACAACAGGAUUCUCUCACAUCAUCUUGCUCAGAAAUUGCUGAUAAAGAAAAUACAAUGAUUGUCAAAGAAGCUGAAUAA